AUGAGCUAUUCGACUGCUGACUUCGACCCAGCCCUCAAGGGCUCUCUCCCUCCCGACUUCCACUGGGGCUUCGCCACAGCGGCUGCACAGGUCGAGGGGGCCUGGAACAAAGACGGAAAGGGUAUCUCGAUCUGGGACAAAUGGCACCAGGAUCCCAAGCGGAUCAAAGACGGAAGCACCAACGAGGACGCGGUGCGGUCCUACGAUUUCUACAAGGAAGACGUGGCCCGCAUGAAAGACUACGGCGUGACGGCGUACCGCUUCUCACUCGCAUGGAGCAGGAUCAUCCCCCUGGGCGGCAAAGACGACCCCGUCAACGAUAAGGGCGUCGACUACUACAACAGGCUGAUCGACGAGCUGCUGGCGAACGGAAUCGUGCCCUUUGUCACCCUGUUCCACUGGGACACGCCCCAGGCGCUGGAGGAGCGGUACGGCGGCAUGCUGGACAAGGAAAAGUACACGCCCGACUUUGUGCGGUACGCGCGGGUGUGUUUUGAGCGGUUUGGCGACCGGGUCAAGAACUGGAUUACUUACAACGAGCCUGGCGUGUACACGCUCGCUGGCUAUGCCGCAGGGGUCCACGCGCCAGGGCGGUCGAGUUUCCGCGACAGGAACGAGGAGGGCGACAGCAGCACGGAGCCCUUCAUCGUGGCGCACACGGAGCUCGUCUCGCACGGCCACGUGUGUGCUCUGUACAAGAGGGAGUUUCAGCCAGAGCAGAAGGGUUCCAUCAUGAUCACGCUGCAUGGGAACUGGGCGGAACCAUGGGACGAGAAUGAUCCCAAGGAUGUCGAGGCCGCCCAGCGGGCCAACGAGUUUGAGAUUGCCUGGUAUGCCGAUCCCCUGUACGGGAAGGGCGACGAGGUCGACUACCCUGCCUGUAUGCGUGCACAGCUGGGCGACAGGCUGCCGACCUUUACAGACGAGGAGAAGAAACUCAUCAGGGGGAGCAGCGAGUUCUACGGGAUGAACUCGUACACGGCCUUCUUUGUCAAGAACCGCGGCGACCAGCCUGCUGAUAUCAACGACCACAAGGGCAAUGUCGAGAUACUAGACACCAACAAGGCCGGGAAAAGCCGUGGGCUCGAGAGUGAUACGCCCUGGCUGAGGACGGCAGAAUGGGGCUGGGCGAAACUGCUCAGGUGGAUUUGGGACCGGUACGAGACGCCGAUUUAUAUCACGGAGAACGGCACCACUGCGCAGGGCGAGCAUGGCUGGAAGCCCAAGGGGCCGGAUGAUGUGUUGGAAGACCCGCACCGGAUCGACUUCUUUAAGAAGUACCUUAGUGCUGUGGCGCGGGCGUCGCAGGAGGGCGUUGUGAUCAAGUCUUACUUUGGGUGGACGUUUACUGACAACUGGGAGUGGUCCGCUGGGUUUACGGACCGGUUUGGUGUUACCUGGGUUGAUUUUGAGUCGCCUGAGAAGACGAGGUACGCGAAGAGGUCGGCAUACUUUUUGAAGGAUUAUUUUGGUCAUCUCAUCAAAGCAGAAUGA